GAGAGUCAUAAUCAUAAUCAUAAUCAAUAAUAAUAAAAAUCAAAUGGAGUCCACCGAGAAACAAUCUGGAUUGCUGCAUCAGAUCCUACCUCCGCGUCUAGAAGACGCCGGACUCGAAGAUCCCGCACUUCCACCGGAAUCAAUCCACGAAGCGUUUCUGAAAGCAGCCGCCGCCGUGAAAUCGAGCGCCGCCUCGAUAUUCUCCGGUGAAGAUGAUUGCGUCGAUGAUCCGACGCCUACAGAGGAAAAAGUCUCCGAUGCGGUUGAUGUGAUCGAGCCGGAAAGUGAAGCGCCGGGAGCUUGUGUUGAUGGAUUGCAAGGGCUGGAAAUUGAGGAGAAAAAGGAUGUGAAGGAAAGUGAAGAAAAAGAGAAGAAACCUAUUUUGGUUGGAGGCUAUGUUUGAAAUGGUUUUGAGUAAUUUGAAUGUUAGAUUAGUUUAGUUUAUCUUGUUUUGUUUUAUAAUAAUGAAUGUUAUUAUGAAUAGGUAAAAUCAUUGUGCUGUAUGUAUGUAUGUAUGAAGUUGUUUUGUACUUGUUUAUGUAUUAAGGUAUAUGUACAAUGAUUUAGAUUAUUAUGGAUAUGGUUUUGAGAUAGAACUUGGAAA